UUUCCGGUCGCCUCCCACAAACCGUCUGCUGCUGCGUCAGUUGAGGCGUGUUCACGGAUCCUGGUUCUCUGACAUUGCAGGAAUCACGCUGAGGUUCGGACGGGACAACUGGAGUCCAGCUUUUAUCCCCUUCAGCCACACGAAGAUGUUCUUUCUGAAAAAAGUUGUGGGCGGCAUCGUUGAUGUUGUCAGCAACAUUGAUCCUGAGCAGUUUGCCCCCUCAAAUCCUCCUCCGCCACGCAGGCCAGUCGCAUAUGCAGAGCAGCAUGAAAAUGAUGAGGAGAAACAGUUCCGCAGAGUCUUCCAGCAGCUCGCCGGAGAUGACAUGGAGGUGAGCCCAAAUGAGCUGAUGAACAUCCUGAACAAGAUCAUCUCCAAGCAUGGAGACCUGAAGACGGACGGUUUCAGCAUUGAGUCCUGCAGGAGCAUGGUGGCUGUCAUGGAUUCUGACAGCACUGGGAAACUUGGCUUCCAUGAAUUCAAACAGCUCUGGAACAACAUAAAGAAAUGGCAGGGCGUGUACAAGCAAUAUGACGCAGACCACUCUGGUGUCAUCGGUGCAGAUGAGCUACCCGCUGCGUUCAGAGCUGCUGGCUUCCCUCUCAACGACCAGCUCUUCCACAUGAUCAUUCGUAGAUACAGCGACGAAAACGGCAACAUGGAUUUUGACAACUACGUCGGCUGCCUCGUGAGGCUUGAUGCCAUGUGCCGUGCCUUCCAAACCCUGGACAAGGAUAAAAAUGGGACGAUCAAAGUUAAUGUUCAAGAGUGGCUUCAGUUGACGAUGUACUCAUGAGUCCUGGUGAUGCUGCCGCCCUCCUCCUCCUCUGCUGGUUUUAUGAAAUGUUUCUGCUCUUAUCUAAACAAUCCAAAAGAGAUGAUCUGUAAAUCCCACAUCUUCCUGUGUUCCUCAGACAUUAUUAGCGCAUGCAUGCAGUUUUUCUUCUGAGCGAUGCAUGUAGGUAACAGUAAACCUGCGAGCAGAAUGAUCGCCAUACUUAAAAUGCUUCGUUCUGAGAAGGCAUGUUUGUGUACAGAUGUUGUCCAACAAGUGUUAUUAGGUGGGGCUGUUAGGCAUCUGCUGUGGAACCUAAAUAGAGCUAGUAGAGGCCGCUUCACUUCCACAGCUCUGCUGCUGUUGGAGGGUUGGCAGUCACCGUUUGUUUUGUUCUGAAGAUUCAAUCUUUGCAGAAACGCAGCACAUUUUUCACAAACCCUAAAAUCCACCUUUUCUUUUUUACCAUCAAAUUUUCACUUGGGAGCAAUAGAAAUCUGCCACCAAAGUAAAAUCUCUUUAACACGCCAGUGGUGACGGCUCGGUUAGCUGAAUCUCCACCCACGGUUAGUUCCACCUGUUUCACCUGUUUUGAUGACUCUGUGGGCGUGCUUCAGCCUGACUGACAACCCGUCUACUGCUUUUAUUUCUGGUUCGACGUGCUGGGUGUGGGACAGUACUCCUUCAGCAUUUACUCUGACCUUAACCCAGAAAAUUCCUAGAAAAUGUGCACCACGCCUCACCCUACACAGCACUAACAGCUUCCUGUACAGCAUGCAGAGUGCUAGUGUGGCUUUACUGUCUGCCAUGUAAGUUCUUAUUUCUUAGAAAUUGGCCAUAAGUGCAGUAACCACAGAUUUGUGCUCGGUCAGCAGUUAAUGAAAUUUGGCGCUUAAACGUUUUAAUAUGUGCUUUAUCGUGUUUUAAUCUUCUGUACAGCCCUUAUAGCACAAAAUAUUAGAACUCUAACCUUUCUCUAAAAUGACCUAAUAUAGGAGUUAAGGGGGGGGGGUUACUAUCUUCAGAAGCAGUGUUUUAUGGGGCGGCCUAAUGUGUCAUUUAAAUGUCAGUUCUGAUGGAAGAGCUCUCCUGUAGCCUACUUUGUUUCAGCCCACAAUAACUUUAUGCAUUAUUGUAAACUGUCCACACCACAUCCUGUCAGCACAAUAUGUGAUUUCUGUGCCUCUAAUAAAAGCCACCAGUGUGAAAAUGCAUUUUUAAGAGGUUGUAGUUAGAACUAUGCUCAUUUAACUGUUACUAAAAGUGCUUGUGUCCAAUGCCUGUGUCAUGCUUGGAAUAAAACAUGUUUUUCAUAGUCUU